UUUGCCUUCUCAGUUGCCUUUUGGAAACCCUACAGUCAUGCGGUCAUCGGUUUGUCUUUUGCUCCUUGUUGGACUGCAGUUCUACAUCCUGAUUCCUACAGCGGCCAAUGACUUUUCCUCUUUUCUGAGCGCCAACGCCUCGUUGGCCAUUGUGGUGGACCACGAUUACAUGACCACACAUGGCCAGAACAUAAUGGCCCACUUUGAGAAAAUCCUGAGCGACAUAAUCCGUGAGAAUCUGAAAAACGGUGGCAUAAACGUGAGGUAUUUCAGCUGGAACUCAGUGCGUUUGAAGAAGGAUUUUUUGGCCGCCAUUACGGUGACGGAUUGCGAGAACACAUGGAAAUUUUACAAGAGCACUCAGGAAACUUCAGUUCUAUUGAUCGCCAUCACAGACUCAGACUGUCCUCGACUGCCCCUGAAUCGUGCCCUGAUGAUACCCAUCGUUGAGCACGGCGAUGAGUUCCCCCAAGUCAUACUCGAUGCCAAGGUUCAGCAGAUUCUCAACUGGAAAACAGCAGUGGUGUUUGUGGAUCAAACAAUAUUGGAUGAUAACUCGGUCCUGGUUAAGUCAAUUGUGCAUGAAAGCACCACCAAUCACAUCACGCCAAUCUCAUUGAUCCUCUACAAAAUCGACGACUCCCUGAGGGGCCAACAGAAGCGAGCCGCCCUACGCCGAGCACUGACCCAAUUUGCUCCCACCAAACACGAAGAGAAGCGCCAGCAGUUCCUGGUGCUAUCCGCCUUUCACGAGGACAUCAUCGAAAUAGCCGAGACCCUCAACAUGUUCCACGUGGGCAACCAGUGGAUGUUCUUUGUGCUGGACAAGGUGCGUCGGGAUUUUGACGCCGCAACCGUGACCAGCAACCUGGACGAGGGCGCCAACAUAGCCUUUGCCCUCAACGAGACCCUGCCCGACUGCCAGGACACACUGAACUGCACCAUCUCUGAGCUGAGUCUCGCCCUGGUGACCUCCAUUUCCAAGAUUACCGUGGAGGAGGAGUCCAUAUACGGCGAGAUCUCUGACGAGGAGUGGGAGUCCAUUCGCUUUACGAAGCAGGAGAAGCAAGCGGAGAUCCUCGAGUACAUGAAGGAUUACCUGAAGGCCAAUGCCAAGUGCUCCAGUUGUGCCAGAUGGCGCAUAGAGACGGCCAUUACUUGGGGCAAAAGUCAGGAGCACCGCAAGUAUCGCGCAGAUUUAGCCCACACACGCGAUGCUAGGAACCGAAACUUCGAGUUCAUCAACAUUGGCUACUGGAGUCCUUUACUGGGAUUCGUCUGCCAGGAGUUGGCCUUUCCACACGUCGAGCACCAUUUUCGCAACAUCACCAUGGACAUUCUGACCGUGCACAAUCCACCCUGGCAAAUUCUAACCAAGAACAGCCAUGGAGUCAUUGUGGAGCACACGGGAAUCGUUAUGGAAAUCAUCAAGGAACUGAGUCGGGCCCUAAAUUUCAGUUACUAUCUUCACGAAGCCGGGGAAGAGUAUUCCCUUGGCACGAUGAACACCAAUGAAAGCGAUGAGCUCUUGGGCUCGAUGACGUUUCGGAUUCCCUACCGCGUGGUGGAGAUGGUGCAGAACAAUCAGUUCUUUAUUGCCGCCGUGGCAGCCACCUUGGAGGAUCCCGACCUGAAGCCCUUCAACUACACCCUGCCCAUCAGUGUGCAGAAGUACUCCUUCAUCACCCGCAAACCGGAUGAGGUGUCUCGCAUUUAUCUCUUCACGGCUCCCUUUACCAAGGAGACUUGGCUCUGUCUAGUGGGCAUCGUCCUACUCACAGCUCCCAUGCUUUAUGCCAUUAACCGCCUGACUCCGCUAAAGGAGAUGCAAAUCAGGGGCUUGUCCACGAUCAAUAGCUGUUUCUGGUACAUUUUCGGGGCUUUGUUGCAACAGGGAGGCAUGUAUUUGCCGCGAGCAGACAGUGGCCGCUUGGUGGUGGGCUUUUGGUGGAUCGUCGUGAUCGUGUUGGUGACCACCUACUGCGGCAACCUGGUGGCCUUCCUCACGUUCCCCAAGUUCCAGCCGGGCGUGGACUACCUCCACCAGCUGGAGCGCCACAAGGCGAUCUCGCAGUACGGCCUGCGGAACGGGACCUUCUUCGAGCGGUAUGUGCAGACUAGCACUCGGGAGGACUUCAAGCACUACAUGUCGCUGGCCAGGAUCUACGGAAGUGGCCAGGACGAGGACAUCGAGGCGGUGAAGCGGGGCCAGCGCAUCAACAUCGACUGGCGGAUCAACCUACAGCUGAUCGUGCAGCAGCACUUCGAGCGGGACAAGGAUUGCCGCUUCGCUUUGGGCAAGGAGAGCUUCGUGGACGAGCAGAUCGCCAUGAUUGUGCCGUCACGGAGUGCGUACCUGCAUCUGGUGAACCGCCACAUCAACAGCAUGUUCCGCAUGGGCUUCAUCGAGCGCUGGCACCAAAUGAACCUGCCCAGUGCGGACAAGUGCAUCGGCAAGGGUGCCCAGCGCCAGGUGACCAACCACAAGGUCAACAUGGACGACAUGCAGGGAUGCUUUCUGGUCCUGCUCCUGGGCUUCUCGGCGGCCUUGUUAAUAGUCUGCUUCGAGUUUUGGUACCGCCGAUUCAGGGCCAGUGGCAAACGCCGCGUGUUCACCAACUGACCCCUUGGAAGUGUGUAACAUAGUGUGUUUGAAAUUAAUUUAGUAACAUUCACACUCUGUGUGGAAUUUAUCCAAUGGCUUAUCUAUUUAAAUCGAAAGUUACAAUACACUGAAAAACUGGCUUUGAAAUUACUUUACGAACAAUGCCCUGCAACCCACACUUUGUGGGAUCCAAGACUUAACCUACAUACAGUUGAUAGCACUAGCACCGUUACUAUAGAAUUAAGAAUUUAUACUUGUACACCCAAGUGUAUAUCAGUGUAACAGAUGAAACUCAAUAAAUUUCAAUUAAAUGUUCUUAAAAAUGGAAAAAAAAAAUAUAAUAUCUUCCUAGUAACUAAAAAAAAAAUUGAAGAGAGAAAUUGUUAAACAAUAAAAGCACUUCUGUACAAAUAGUAGGCAUAUAACAUAUAAAUAAACAAAAAGAUAUUUAAUAUUAUAGAUUUGAUCGAUAACAAGAAGAAAUAAUAUUUUUCUAUAACUA